AUGGAGCAGCAAGAUGGAAGAGUCCCUGGCACUGUGCUUCCCUCGAGGAGAUUGAUUGCUUCUUACGCCUUGGAUUGGGUCGUCAUUGCCUGUUUCGCGGCGAUCGGCGGCGGCAUCAAGUCCAUCGGGACGAUACAUCGACCCUUUUCGCUCCUAGACCUGAGCAUAUCGUACCCUCUGGCUGAACAAUCAAUCAGCUCGACAACGGUCGGCCUCGUAGCGAUACUUGGCCCGAUUGUGCUCAUGUCCUUGACCAUCGCCAUCUUCGUCCCAGCUCGCAGCAUCAGCCGCACGCUGAAGCGAUCAGAACUGCUCCGCUUGAAGCUGUGGGAACUCCACGCCAGCCUUGCCGGUCUCGCGCUCUCCAUCACUCUCGCGUUCAUGGUAACCCAAGGCCUCAAGACAAUCUUCCCGAAACCACGACCGCAUUUCCUCGCCCUCUGUGACCCGGAUCUGGACAACAUCGCCGCGCACGUCGUUGGCGGGUAUGGCCAGGACGUCAGCGACCGAUGGACUAUGGUUGAUGUGUCGAUCUGUCAGCAUCCAAUGCAUCGGGUGCUGAGGAGUGGGCUGCAGAGUUUUCCUAGUGGGCAUUCGUCGAUGAGCUGGAGCGGGAUGGCGUAUCUUUCGCUGUUCCUGUGCGCCAGGCUGAGGAUCGCUAUACCGCAUCUGCCAUUGCAGUCAACUAUCGCCCAUCGGCCGGUAUCGAGUGCAUCCGGCACGGAGUUGCUGCCAUUGCACAACGCGCAAAGAUCGGAGACGUCAUCUGACAGCAAGCCUUCGACAAUAUCAUCCAUCCAAAGACAAGGUCAUCCACAGUCCACCAUCCCGAUUAAUCGCCAGUCUGCCGCCCCACCAACCUACGGCAUCCUCAUCGCCCUCAUCCCUCUGGCAGUAGCCACGUACAUCUCCUCGACACGCUACACGGAAUACUGGCACUUUGGGAUCGACAUCCUGACUGGCUCUGUCAUUGGCAUUCUCAGUUCAUGGCUCGCGUUCAGAUGGCACCACCUUCCGAUACGACGAGGUCACGGAUGGGCUUGGGGGCCACGGAGUGCGGAAGGGGCAUUUGGUGUGGGUAUGGGAGUUCACUAG